GGAUAUAGUGAAUGCAGGGUCCGGGGAGACCAGAUAUAGUGAAUGCAGGGUCCGGGGAGAGCAGAUAUAGUGAAUGCAGGGUCCGGGGAGACCAGAUAUAGUGAAUGCAGGGGUCCGGGGAGACCGGAUAUAGUGAAAGCAGGGUCUGGGGAGAGCGGAUAUAGUGAAUGCAGGGACCGGGGGAGACCAGAUAUAGUGAAUGCAGGGUCCGGGGAGACCAGAUAUAGUGAGUGCAGGGUCCGGGGAGACCAGAUAUAGUGAAUGCAGGGUCCGGGGAGACCAGAUAUAGUGAGUGCAGGGUCCGGGGAGACCAGAUAUAGUGAAUGCAGGGUCCGGGGAGA